UGCAUUUUAUUUUCAGCUCAAGCUUGUGCAGAUGUUCUGGCAUUAGCCAAAGAAGCUAGAAAGCGAAAUCUUGGUCCUCUUCAUCCUUCCUUUAAUGUGAUAAAGAUAAUAAGAGAGGGACUGAUGAGAAAUCUUCCAGAAAACACUCACAAGUUGUCAUCGGGCAGACUGUGUAUUUCACUAACCAGAGUAUCAGAUGGUAAAAAUGCAUUGAUAUCUAAUUUUAACUCUAAAGAAGAAGUUGUCCAGGCUUUAAUCUGUAGUUCAUUUGUCCCUAUUUAUUGUGGCCUAAUUCCACCGUCCUUUAGAGGUGUGCGCUAUGUGGAUGGAGGAAUCAGUGACAACUUGCCUCACUAUGAAUCUAAGAAUACCAUCACAGUUUCGCCUUUCGCUGGGGAGUGUGAUAUCUGUCCAAAGGGGAGUUCUGCCAACUUUCAUGAAAUGAAUGUGACCAACACAAGCAUUCAGCUCAGUUUGGGGAACCUUUAUCGUUUAACACAAGCGCUCUUUCCACCAGAACCUAAGGUACUAGGAGAGAUCUGUGAACAAGGAUAUUCAGAUGCUCUUAAGUUCUUGAGAGAGAAUGGUAUUCUGAAUGACGCAAUUUAUAUCCACUUGUCCUUCUCAAAAAGAAAUCCUCAUGAGGCUGCACAACACGUUGACCAUAUGAAGAAAAAAAUAUUGACAGAAAAUAACAGAGUAGAAACUUUGAAAGUGGAAGUACUUAAUAACCAGCUGAAGCAAAAUCCAUGGCCUUUGGAGAAGAGCAUAUUUGAGAGUCUACCUCCUAGACUCCGUAAAGCACUGCAGGAAGCUUGUAAAGAACAGAAUGGAUUCUGCGCUCAGUUCUCUAAACUCUUCCCAAUGCGGGUGAUAUCCUAUCUGAUGCUACCGUAUACACUACCAGUGGAGUCCGCUUACUCUGUUGCUUUACGGUUAGUGAACUGGUUUCCUGACAUGCCUGCUGAUGUUCGAUGGAUGCAAGAACAGCUUUGUCGGGUUGCUGGUACAGUUUAUUCCCAGGCUAAAAGGAAGCUGUUCUGUACAUCCAGGAAGGACAAUUAUGCAUCACUAAGAAAAUGUCAAACUGUCCCAUCUACUAUGGAAUUUCAUUCUUCAUACUGCCACCUUAAAAUGCCUCACUCUUCUGCAGACCUUGAAACCUGGCUCUGGGAAUCUUCACGCUUUGUGCACUCAGCUAUGAAAAAUGCUUCUGCUAACAUGCAGGAGCAUUCACACUUAAACUCCUUUCCUAAUUUUUUCCCAAAUUCUGAUGAGUCUGGGUUGGAAAUAGAUUUUGACUCUUCCUCAGAGACAAGUUUCCAAACCGCUCCAGAGUAUUAAUUUGGAAGUAGAUUCCAGAGUUUCCAAAAUUCCAAUUUGGCAGAGAAAUUUAAAUCCUAAAGGACUAAAGAUCACUUUGUUUAUUGCCAAUAAGUCUUGGAAAAUUAUUUGUUUACAGCUUCCUGACAAAUCUGCCUUGGGAAUUCUACUGUUUUAAGGAUUAUAAAAACAGUGGCUGCUACACUAAGUAACAGACUAUAAUUCUGUCGAAUUACCAGCUCAAUCAAC